AUUUAUUUCUAACGUUCAAAACACAACAUCGAUACACACAAACAUCGAUAUACACACAUCGAUUGUGUGUGCUCAUCGUUCAGAACUAAACGUAAGCAGAUGCCGGCAGUUAUAUUUAUGCACUCGGUAAAAUGUACAAAAAACAUUUGGCAAUUAGCGCGCGCCGCUCACCAAAGCAAUUACAAGCCGCCACUCACACUAUUUAUUACGGCCACUGUUCGCACUGCUGUUCCUUUGGAACAGGAUCAGACCGGUGCUGUCGUCGAUGAUUUAAUUAAACGCGCGACUGUGCCGCGUACUGAAAUUCAAAAGCUUAUCGUUUGCACAACUCCUGCUGUAAUGCAAAUAAUAGAUCUCAGCAGAUUGGCAAGUGAUUUGGGACUGAAAGGCUGCGAAUCGCAUACAUUUGAGGACAAAGAUGUUUGCUCAACAAGUGGUUUACAGCUUGCUCUGGAUAGUUUACGUAAAGAUCCCAACAAUUGCGUCAUUUUGAGUGACAUACGACAUCAGAAAGCGGAUAAUGAGGGUGAUUUGCGUACAUCUCCAAGCGAACUGAUGAGCUUGCUGCCACAGCCGCGAAGACGAAAGCAGCCGCAGUCAGACGACAAGCCAUUGGCUCCCUCACUGGACGCAGCCGCUAUAUCUUUGGCCACAAAUUUUAUGUCAAAGCGAUUGCAGCUCCAACCAUUGGCAAGCAUUCGAAAUGUCACUGUCGAGAAGGAUGUAAAACUUGCAUUACUUCAGUUAUGUCAGCAGCAAGGUAUAAAACCCAAUGAGCUGCAUUCUUUGGAACUGGUGACGUUGCAGAAACGCACGCCACAGGAACUAGAUUGGUUGACAGAGCUGAAUCUUCAAAAGAUUGCCAUACACGAUGCUAAUAAAGUUACCACAACUCAUUUGCUGACGCAUCUGUCACACAAGUUACCCAACGGAGCUUAUGGCUGCAUAACAAUCGAGAUGUUGGAUGAGAAUUACCUGCUUUUAUUGUUGGAGAAACUCAUACCAAGAAGCAUAGAAGCCAAUAAGCUACCGCAGCUUACUCUCUACACCAAAGUUCCAUGUCCACUUUGCGAUGAGUUGGUGGAACAGUUGGAGCAACAUUUUGCAGGCGAAUAUAUUCUGCAAAAGGUUUACAUAGAUCGAAAGGAAAAUGUGCGCUUUUUGCGGCUCUUUCGUUACGAUAUACCUGUGCUCUUUUUAAAUGGACAAUUUUUAUGCAUGCAUCGAUUAAACGAAAACCUGUUGCGUGAGCGGUUGGCGCAGUUAAAAGAAUCCAGGGAGCAGGAAGUAGCCUAGUUGUAUCUAGGUUAUCUUUUAGCUUAACUAGAUUUUGGCUUAUUAACGACAAGCUGAACGGAAACCAAAGUUAUGUAUGGACCUAAUAUAUUUAAGCUGCAGAAGACCACAAAAGAAAUGUAAGAAAUAAUUCUAUUUAAUUAUCGCU